AUGCGCUCGCGCAUUUCGAGCGGAGGAGCAAGCAGCUGGAUGUCUUGUCCGACGAGUUCCAACGGCUUUCAGGGCAUGAGAACAAUGCAUCCGGAGAUGAUGAAAAUGUCCAGUGUAGCUCGUGAUGCUGCCAAUAGGGAGAAAAACCGCUAUAUUGAUGUCUUACCAUUUGAUGAUACCAGGGUACGGCUAAAAUCAUCAGCAAGCAGUCAAAUUUCAGGCAAUGAUUACAUCAAUGCAAGCUUUGUAAAGGCUACUGAGGACAACAAUGUUGCAAGAUUUAUUUCCACCCAAGGACCACUAGUCAGGACAUUUGAGGAUUUUUGGGAAAUGGUUUGUGAAAAUCAGUGUCCUGUGAUUGUUAUGCUCACACAGUUCGACAGUGUUAAGUGUGAUGAAUAUCUUCCAUUGCAAAAUGGUCAAGGGACAUAUGGAAAGUAUGAUGUUAAGAUUAGGAAGGACACAAGAGAUAAGCAUCAAUUAUGUUUGCGUGCUGUGGAGGUGCAGUGCAAUGAGUCAGGCAAGGUUCAUUCUGUACUCCAUAUAGAGUAUCCUGAUUGGCCCGACCAUGGCGUACCAGCAAACACUGAUGCUGUGCGACAAAUUCAAAAACGGUUACAUCACAUUCCGAGAGAACAUCCUAUAGUUGCACAUUGCAGUGCUGGAAUUGGGAGAACUGGUGCUUACAUCACCAUCCAUAGUUCAAUUGAGAGAAUUCUCCUUGGAGACAAAAGCUCUUAUGAUCUUGUUGAAACUGUAAAAAACUUUAGGUCCCAGCGAACUGGAAUGGUUCAAACUGAGCAACAAUACAUGUUCUGCUACCGUGCAAUUGCGGAUGAGCUGAAAGAUCUGCUGAGGUCGUCAGGCCAUUGA